UGAUGGAUAGUGUAAUAGGUAUUUUAAUGCCUUUGUAAAAGCACUGUAUUUUAGGUUUUACAUCUAUUUUAUUCUGCAUUGUCAAAAUAAAUGGUGAAUCAUUAAUCGUUCCAAUUUCUUCUGAGGAUAUGGCGUCAACCGGCAGUACCCCUUUUCCUAAAUGGCAGUUGGCUAUCCUUCUUGGUGCGCCUUUGGCUAUCGGCCUAGGUUACCUGUAUCUUAGAAACAGAUUAGAAGAUCCCGAGAAGAAAAAAGUGGCAGAUUUAAAGGCAAAAACUACAAUAUCUUUGGAUAAUGAAGAAAAUAAUGCAAAAGUCGCAGAAAGUGCUAUCGACCGUGCAAUGAAAUUAAAGGGUGCCGGGAACAGGGCCUUUCAUGCAGGAGAAUUCGAUAAAGCUAUCGCCCUUUACAACGAAGCAAUCGAGGCAUGCCCUCCGGACCAUACUGUUGACUUGGCAACAUUUUACCAGAAUCGUUCGGCAUGCUAUGAGAAGCGCGAAAUGUGGGAACAAGUGAAGGAAGAUUGUACUUUUGCCUUAAAACUGAAUGAAAAGUACGUUAAAGCAUUCUUACGUCGUUCUCGUGCGGCUGAGAAAAGUGGAGAUUUAGUUCUUGCACUUGAAGAUGUAACAUCAGCCUGUAUCCUUGAAAGAUUCCAAGUACAAAGUUCUUUGGUCAACGCAGAUCGUAUUCUAAAAGCAUUAGGUAGACAGCAUGCUAGGGAGGCACUUGCUAAGCGACAGCCAGUGAUGCCAUCAAAGCAUUUUAUAAAGACUUAUUUCUCUGCUUUCUCUGAGGAGCCUAUUACCAAACAUCAAUUAGAAGAUAAUGCUACUGGUGGUUUUGCAAAAGCUAAAAAGGCACUAGAUGCUCAAGAUUAUGAAUCAAUUGUUGAUGCUUGUACUGAAGAAUUGGAAGCUGAUGGAAAGUACAAAUACGAGGCCUUGUUGUUGCGUGCAACAUUUUAUUUGCUUCUUGGCAGACAUGAUGAAGCACAGGCUGAUCUUGCUAAAGUGAUUGACAGUAAUGCAUCUCUAAAGGUUAAAGUAAAUGCUUUAAUUAAACGUGCAUCCCUCUUUACUCAGUUGGAAAACACUGAGCGUUGCCUGGAGGACUUUGCACAUGCUGCCAAAUUGGAUCCAAGCAACUCGGACAUAUAUCAUCACCGUGGCCAAGUAUACUUGCUGUUAGAACGAAUGGAUGAAGCUACAGCUGAAUUUGCUAAGGCAGUUGAACUUAACCCUAACUUUUCUAUAGCCUACAUCCAGAAAUGCUAUGCGGAUUACAGACUUGCUCAGUUACAUAAAAAUGUUGGUGCACUUACUCAAGUUCGUUCAGAUUUUGAGAGGGCUUUAGAAAAGUUUCCAAGAUGCGCAGAAGCUUAUAUUCUUUAUGCACAAGUAUUAUCCGACCAGCAAGAAUGGGGCCGAGCUGAAUCAUUAUUUGACUCUGCUUUGUCUGUAGACCCAGAUAAUGCUGCAUUGUAUGUUCACAAGGGACUGGUCCAGUUGCAAAAGAACACAGAUUUUGAUAAAGCUGUCAAGUUAAUUAACAAAGCUAUUGAAAUGGAUGAGAAAUGUGACUUUGCAUAUGAAACUCUAGGAACAAUAGAAGUGCAAAGAGGAAACCUGAGGAGAUCGUUGGAACUAUUUGAAAAAGCGAUCGCACUCGCUAAGACGGAACUGGAAAUGACACAUUUAUUCUCCCUAAAGGAUGCUGCGGCUGCACAACUUAAAGUGUCCGAACGCUGGGGUCUCGAUUGGACUGUGAGCUAGACCUAUCAUACAUACAAACAAAAUGUAACGAGAAUAACAUUAACUUUUAAUUGAAAAAUUUUGACCAUUUAAAAAAGUAA